AGUACAUAGUGUAAAGCCUGAAGUUACUCCUUGGCCGAGUGCCAAUCAAGCCAGUAUAAAUUGGCCGCCGAGGCUUGAUUACGGCACAGUUCAAUCGAUUGUUUAGUGCUGUGAACAACUACUUCUUCCGAUCAUCGAAACAUGGCUUUCAAGUUCCUGACCUUCUGCGCCCUGGUGGCCGUUGCCCGCGCUGGAGUCAUCGCUCCGGCUGCCGUGGCUUACACUGCUCCAAUUGCCAAGACUGUGGCUUAUGCUGCCCCAGCUGCCCAUGUAGCCUAUGCUGCGCCAGCUGCCCACGUGGCUUAUGCUGCCCCUGUUGCCAAGACCAUUGUCGCCGCCCCAGUUGCCAAGACUGUCGUUGCUGCUGACGAAUACGACCCACAUCCAGAGUACUCCUACAGCUACGGAAUCUCCGAUGCCCUGACCGGUGACCAGAAGUCCCAGCAGGAAUCUCGUCACGGAGAUGCCGUCCAGGGAUCUUACUCGCUGGUUGAUGCCGAUGGCUUCAAGCGUACCGUUGAAUACACCGCCGAUCCCGUCAACGGAUUCAACGCUGUCGUCCACCGUGAACCUCUGGUCAAGACCGUCGCUGCUGCCCCAGUUGCUAAGGUUGUUGCUGCUGCCCCAGUUGCCUAUGCCGCUCCAGUUGCCAAGACCAUCUCCUACGCGGCCCCAGCUGUGACCAAGACCAUUGUCUCUGCCCCCGCCGUCACCAAGACCAUCGUGUCCCAGCCGGCUGUGGCUUAUGCUGCCCCAGCUUACGCAUACCACCACUAAACGAUCAAGACUGUCAAGAAGUACAAGUAGCACCAGCCAAGGGAACCCCGUUUAUGAUUUCACAUUUGCAUUUUGAAACCCCAGGCGAGUUCAGCCCCGUUCUCGCCGACCUGUAAAAAUUGAACACUGCAACUAUUUAUUUUUUUGUUUAAAAUACAUUAAUCAAUGAAACGUAA